AUGCUCUACGCAGUCAUAGGAAUUCCUCUAUUUUUCAGUUACCUUUCCACAAAUGGUGAUGCUAUGGCCUCUGUUUUUCGCUUGGCCUACGCUCGAGGUUGUCGACCCUUCUUUCGCAUGCUCAAACGUCGUCAUCGACGCAAGUCAGAAACGCAAAAAACUAAUUUAGCUCAUUCUGUCCAGUCUAUUGUCUCCUUAGUCAACUUGGAGGGGAACAGAAACAACGUUCGAACCAAAGUCAGCGUCAAUGGCACUGGCAGCCCAACAGGCUCCAGAAUGCAUCGAGUAGUCUCCUUUAAUACCCUUGGAGAGUUCUCAGGGAAGCAGCCGAUUAUACAACUACGUCGAAAUCAGUCAAACCUGUCAGAUUGCAAAACAAGGAGAGAGAUAGCUGCUGGCAGUGAAAAUGGCACGCAGACCAUGCCCACUGUUUCUUCACUGAAUGAUAUGCGGGCACAGCAACAACCGACUGGCUCUCUCAGUCGGUCAACAAGCCAACAAGACUACUCCAGCGUCUCAAUCAGCAAUCGGAGAAAAAAGAAGAAACUUCGAACAGGACUUCUGGAGACACGACCGUCAGGAAACAACCUAAACGGGAGCGGGGAAGUGGGAGAAUUACGGCAGCAGCAGUAUCCGAGGUCAGAGAGAAGUCGGCUGGCAGUGAAUGACUGCAUCACUGCGACAGAGGACGCCCUUCUUUCCUGUCCGCCUUCUCGAGGAGAUUCUUUACAAUCUCGGAAAUUUCCCGGCACUGUCAGCAACGGUAGUCCAGUGCGCAAGUUGAUUGUGCAACACACGUCCACCACUACAACUUCUGGAGCAGAUGUGCAAUCCCCCAGCCAGAUAAACGUGCCUAUCAGCCUAACCUUAUGCAUGAUGACUAUCUACAUCCUAAUUGGUGCUGUGGUCUUCUGCAUUUGGGAAUCUCGCGACUACGUCAAGUGGUCCUACUUCUGCUUUGUCACCCUUUCCACUAUUGGAUUUGGGGAUAUAGUGCCAGGUAAGCGUAACUUCUCAUCCUAA